AUGACAGCCCAUGACAUGCGCAACGCAAAAGGCAGGCGGAUAGCACAUGUGGUACUCAACGCACCUGUGGAUGAAAAUGUGGAUGGUCAACCAAAGAAGGCCAACCAUAUGACCGACAAAUCCUCGGUAAAGGGUACUGAUUCUGCAUCAAGGGCGGCAGCCCAGCCUGUGUAUUCCGGUAAAUCGGUAACUGCUGGGCCAACACACAAGCCAGGCUCAAUGUAUGAGACCCUCGAGCAUAUCGAGCAUGCCACCAGGGGGUUCACCUUAGCGUACUCCAAGGGGUUCUACAGUACAACAACCAGUGACCCGCAAAUGGACCAAGACUGUCUCCACCCUAUCGGCAUUGCAAUGGCAAAGGUGUGGGUGCAGAAGCAAGUGCAGAAGCAAGUGGUGGCCAAACAGCUAUCUGAGAUCAUUGAGUACUGACUAUGAUAAGGCAACUCCUGGUUUUUAGGGU